AUGUCUCAAACUGCUGUCUGGUAUGGAACCCCUUUGCCCGACAUCGACGAUGUUUUGUUGGGUUCUGUGAUUUAUUUUGGUCUUAUUGGUUUGGCCGUAAUGGGUCAAAACCUCAUUUUAAACGGUGCUGAUAAAGGUUUUACCGUUUGCGCUUUCAACCGUACUGUCUCCAAGGUCGAUAACUUUAUGGACAAUGAAGCCAAGGGCAAGUCCAUUGUUGGCGCUCGCUCUGUCGAAGAGUUCGUUUCCAAGUUGAAGAAGCCCCGUGUCGCUAUCUUGCUCGUCAAGGCUGGCCCUGCUGUCGAUUCUUUUAUCGACAUGUUGCUUCCUCACCUUGAAGAUGGUGAUAUCAUCAUUGACGGUGGUAACUCUCACUACCCCGACACCACUCGCCGUUGUGAAGAGUUGGCCAAGAAGAACAUUCUCUUCGUUGGUUCCGGUGUCUCCGGUGGUGAAGAGGGUGCUCGCCAUGGUCCAUCCUUGAUGCCUGGUGGUAACCCUGCUGCCUGGCCCCGUAUCAAGCCCAUUUUCCAAUCUCUUGCCGCCAAGGCCGGUGACAACGAGCCUUGCUGCGAUUGGGUUGGUGAACAAGGUGCUGGUCACUAUGUCAAGAUGGUUCACAACGGUAUUGAGUACGGUGAUAUGCAAUUGAUUUGCGAAACUUAUGACAUCCUCAAGCGUGGUCUUGGUUUGUCCAUCGACGAAAUCGUUUCCAUUUUUGAAAAGUGGAACAAGGGUAAGCUCGACUCUUUCUUGAUUGAAAUCACCCGUGAUGUCUUGAGUUUCAAGGCCAACGAUGGCAAGUCCGUCGUUGAAAAGAUCGUCGAUGCCGCUGGCCAAAAGGGUACCGGUAAGUGGACCGGUCAAAACGCUUUGGAAAUGGGUACCCCCGUUACUUUGAUUUCUGAAGCCGUCUUCGCUCGUAGCCUUUCCUCCUUGAAGAGUGAACGUCUUCGUGCCUCCGAGAAGCUCCCUGGUCCCACCAACAAGUUCACUGGUGACAAGCAACAAAUCAUCAAUGAUUUGGAGGAUGCUUUGUAUGCCUCCAAGAUUAUCUCUUAUGCCCAAGGUUUCAUGCUUAUGCGUGAAGCUGCUAAGGAAUACGGCUGGAAGCUCAACAAUGCUGGUAUCGCUUUGAUGUGGCGUGGUGGUUGCAUUAUUCGCUCCGUUUUCCUCAAGGAUAUCACUGAAGCUUUCCGUGAAGACCCCAAGCUCGAAUCUAUUCUCUUCCACCCCUUCUUCACUGAUGCCAUCCACAAGUCUCAAGACGGCUGGCGCCGUGUUGUUUCCCAAGCCGCUCUCUUGGGUAUCCCCACUCCUGCCACUUCUGCUGGUCUUGCUUUCUACGACGGUUACCGUAGCUCUGUCUUGCCCGCUGGUUUGUUGCAAGCCCAACGUGACUACUUUGGUGCUCAUACUUUCCGUGUCUUGCCUGAAGAAGCUGACGAGUCUCUUCCCGCUGACAAGGAUGUCCACCUCAACUGGACCGGCCGUGGUGGUAAUGUCAGUGCUUCUACCUACAUUGCCUAA